AGACUCUGAACGAGCGGAGCUGAUGAAGCCAGCAGGCAGCGGGACCCUGCAGACCCUCCCCGCCUCCCCGCCCCCCGGUCCCCGGUCCCGUCGCCUCGGCUCGUCUUCCCAACAGUCCAGUGCUGUGCAGCUCGUUCAGGGGAGGAUGAAGACCGGACUGCUGUGUUUUGUUAGCCUUGUUCUGCUCAGUGUGGCUCAACGGCCGAGUCCCGCCGGAGCGGCACCGGGACGGAACUCCACCGUGCUCAAGGCUGGCCACUGCCCCAGGAAGCUGACGGUCAUACCGUCCAGUCGUGCAUGCGUCUGCGAUGACGACUGUCCAGGAGACGACAAGUGCUGCGUCUUUGACUGCGGAGCCGUCUGCGUGCCUCCAGCUUUCACAAAGCCGGGCGUGUGCCCACGUCGGAAGUGGGGCUCAGGGAUGUGUGCGGAGUACUGCACCAACGACAGCGACUGUCCAAACGAGGAGAAAUGCUGCCACAACGGAUGCGGCCAUGAAUGCAUUGCCCCUUAUACAGUGAAGCCUGGUCGAUGCACCAAGCCCAAAGGGACUCCAAUGUGUGCGGAGUACUGUUACCAUGACGGCCAGUGCCCUGGUGAGCAGAAGUGCUGCCGGACCACAUGUGGUCAUGCCUGCAGCGAGCCCUGCUGAUCGAGUGUGGCUGGCAGCUGGAAGGACACAAUCAUAUGUUAUACGCCGAGAGAGAGAGAGAGAGAGAGAGAGAGAGAGAGAGAGAGAGAGAGAGAGAGAGAGAGAGAGAGAGAGAGUGAGAGAGAGAGUGAGGGAGAGAAUGAGAGAGAGAGAGAGAGAGAGAAAGAGAGAGAGACUGAAUGGAAUUUUUCCCCCCAUUGGGACUUUUUUUAUAUGUAUAACCUCCUAAAUAAACCAUACAUUUUUCUUUUGGUAAAUUUUA